CCUCUGAAGAUGACAUCACUGUGGAUUCUUCUCUUAUCUCUGAACACCAUCACUCCAGCCCAAUCUGUGGAUUUUUCCAAACCAUCAUUUCUCUCAGUGAAGUCUGGAGAACGUGUGACUCUUAACUGCUCAUUUAGAGCCACUAAUAAGGGUGAAAGUUUGUUCUGGUACAAACAAAUAUUUGGAGAAAUGCCUCAAAAAGUGGGAAGAAAAUUAGCUUAUGAAGAUAUCAACAUUUCCCCCAUGUUCAAGACGUCAGGAUUUAAAAUGGAGCAGACUGAGAACGGCGUUUCUCUGACAAUCUCACAUAUAACAAAAGAAGACGGAGGAUUUUACUACUGUGGGAAAGUUUACUUGGACAAAGCUACGUUCAUCACAGGAACUGUCUUGACUGUAAGAGGUGAUGGAGAUGUAAAAGUGUCAGUGAUCCAGAGCGGCGUGUUGGACUCGGUUCCUGCAGGAGCGUCAGUGACUCUGCAGUGCUCGGUUCUCUCUGAGAGCAGAGCAGCAGAACACCAAGUGCUCUGGUUCAGAGCUGAUUCACCACAAUCCCAUCCUCAAAUCAUUUACACUCAUCACAACAGCAGCCGUCAGUGUGAGAGCGGCUCUUCUACACACACCUGUGUGUACGACUUCUCCAAGAACAUCCUCAGCAUCAAUGAUACUGGAACUUACUACUGUGCUGUGGCCAUGUGUGGGAAGAUCAUUUUUGGGAACGGGACUCGAGUACAGUUGGAGAACUCUCCAAAAUUUGGUUGGUAA